AGUGAAUCCUUUACUGCAGUAUUCCUUUUCGCCCCGAGAAUCUCGCGAUAUUCCGGCCAAAGAGACCUAGCGACGCGUAGGGAGCCGCCGAGGCCAUUGGGGCUGGCGGGCACCGGAGCCUGCAAGGGCCAGGUCAGGUGGGGAGGGCGAGUGCGUGCUGCUUGCGACACUUGGGCUCGGUCCGGGCCAGCCACCCACACCUCAGGGAAGUGUUGUGGACUGCGUGGCCCUCCUGGCCGGUGAGUCGGCCGGGGGUCGCGGCCGCUGGGUCGACCCAGAGCUUCACCUGGGCCCGCGUGGACUGUGACAGGUGCGCGGACGAGCGCGGCGCUCCGCCCGCUCGCUGGCCCGCCCCCUCCGGGCCUCACAGGCCGGGGCUCGGGAUGAGCUGCGGGCCGCAGCUGAGCGGCUCUGGCUUCUGGCGCCUGUCGCUGCAGAACGGCCGCCGCCCGUGAAGGAAAGGGAGGGAAGCGACCGCUGACCCCGGGCAUGAGCCGGACACGACGUCAGUUGCUGGACUGAGGCGUAGACAUGAACCUGCACCAGGUGCUGACUGGGGCCGUGAAUCCCGGCGACCACUGCUUCUCGGUGGGCAGCGUCGGCGACCAGCGCUUCACGGAAGAUCCCAGGCAAGCAUGCUUAACUAAGGAAGUUCCUGUGCUACCACUGAAAGAGCACUACAACAGAAGUCAAAAUCAAGCCCACUCUGCCACUCUAGAAGCUGUCAGCCAAUUUAGGCCCAAUUUUUUUGAUAAAUGCUUAUGCAUCUGGAUGUGACAUUGUUAUACUGGGAAGUGAUUUUGAAAGACUGCAAAUAAUCCCAGGAGCUAAACAUGGAAAUAUUCAAGUAGGAUGUGUAGAUUGUUCAAUGCAACAAGGCAAGAUUGCAGCAUCCUAUGGAAAUGUUAUUUCUGUUUUUGAACCAGUUAACCUACCGAAGCAAAAGAAAAAUUUGGAAUUAUAUAGUCAGUGGCAGAAAAGUGGCCAAUUUUUUCUGGACUCCAUAGCACACAAUAUAACUUGGGAUCCUGCAGGUAAUCGUCUUUUAACUGGUUCCAGCUGUUUGCAACUCUGGUCCAAUAAUAACUUGGAGAAGCCAGCUGAAGAUGAAAAUCCAGAUAAAACAGAUCUUAACUUUGGGGAUUGGAGAUGCAUUUGGCAGUGCAAAACUGCUUCCCAAGUUCAUUUAAUGAAAUUUUCACCAGAUGGAGAAUUUUUUGCCACUGCUGGGAAGGCUGACUGUCUUUUAAAGGUAUGGUAUAAUGUAGAAAACUGGCGGACAUCUGUUACCUCUCCAGAUAAAAAUUCAGAAAAACAAUCUGAAGGAGAAACUGACUUUUCUUUUGUAUAUCUGGCCCAUCCUCGAGCUGUAAAUGGAUUUUCCUGGCGUAAAACAAGCAAAUAUAUGCCUAGGGCUUCUGUAUGUAAUGUACUGUUGACUUGCUGCAAAGAUAACAUAUGUCGUCUUUGGGUAGAGACAUUUUUACCAAAUGAUUGUUUGCUCUAUGGAGGUGACUGCAACCAUUGGACUGAACCAAUUAAUUUAACAAAUAACAUCAAGAGAAACGUUUCCAGUAAAGAACGAGUUCAGAAUGCUUCAGAUGUAAAUCAGAAAUUUUUUCGUAGAGGUCGGAGAUCGCUUGCGCUUGUGGCACAUACUGGGUACCUGCCACACCAGCAAGACCCUCAUCACGUUCACAGGAACACGCCACUGCAUGCCAAUGCACUUUGCCACUUUCAUAUUGCAGCCAGCAUCAACCCAGCCACAGACAUUCCACUUCUUCCUUCUAUUACCUCUCUGAGUCUAAGUGAAAAUGAAGAGAAGAGUGGACCUUUUGUGGUACACUGGCUAAACAAUAAAGAGUUGCAUUUUUCUUUGUCCAUGGAAGUCUUUUUACAACAACUUAGAAAAAGUUUUGAGCAACCAUCUUCUGAGACCAGUGUAGAAGAUUCUAAUCAGGCAGAUGUAAAAUCUGAUGAAGAGAUCGAUGACAGUGUUGAUGAUCUGAAAAUAAAUCAUGAAAAGAAGGAAUUGGGUGGUGAUAAACUGAUACCAAAUUCAAGUUUUGUGCCAUUACCAUCAUCUGCCAUUGAUCAUCAGAUUGAAGUACUUCUGUCUGAAUGGAGUAAAAAUGCAGACAUGCUAUUCAGUAUUCAUCCCAUGGAUGGUUCUUUGCUGGUUUGGCAUGUGGAUUGGCUGGACGAAUACCAGCCUGGUAUGUUUCGUCAAGUACAGGUGUCCUUUGUUUCCAGAAUUCCUGUAGCUUUCCCCACAGGUGAUGCAAACUCUCUCUGUAAAAGCAUAGUGAUGUAUGCCUGUACCAAGAAUGUUGACUUGGCUAUUCAGCAAGGGAAACAAAAACCUUCCAGCCUGACACGUUCCACGUCAAUGCUUAUCUCUUCUGGUCACAGUAAAUCAACUAAUAGUUUAAAAUUAAGUAUUUUUACCCCUAAUGUUAUGAUGAUUUCAAAGCAUGCUGAUGGCUCCCUGAAUCAAUGGCUUGUCAGUUUUGCCGAAGAAUCUGCUUUUUCUACAGUUCUCAGUAUUUCCCACAAAUCCAGAUACUGUGGUCAUCGCUUUCAUCUUAAUGAUUUAGCUUGUCACUCAGUAUUACCAUUAUUGCUGACAACGUCACACCAUAAUGCAUUAAGGACACCAGAUGUUGACAACCAAAAGCAACCUGAUGAUGCUGUGAAUAUUGAAGAAUGUCCUUCGGCACAACAGAAUAAAAGCACUAUUGACAUGGCCUUUCAGGAUCCCAAUGCAGUUUACAGUGAGCUUAUUCUUUGGAGAGUUGAUCCAGUUGGGCCAUUGUCUUUCUCUGGAGGUGUUUCUGAGCUUGCCCGGAUUAAUUCUCUUCACGUUUCUGCAUUUUCCAAUGUGGCAUGGCUGCCCACUCUUAUUCCCAGUUAUUGUCUAGGUGCAUAUUGCAACUCUCCUAGUGCGUGCUUUGUAGCAAGUGAUGGACAAUAUCUGAGAUUAUAUGAAGCAGUUAUUGAUGCCAAGAAGCUUCUAUAUGAGCUUUCCAAUCCUGAAAUUUCUAAAUAUGUUGGUGAAGUGUUUAACAUCGUCAGUCAACAGUCAACAGCCAGGCCAGGAUGCAUUAUCGCAUUAGAUCCCAUUACCAAACUUCAGGGCAGAAAAACCCAACUGCUUCAUGUUUUUCAAGAAGACUUCAUUUUGAAUAAUCUUGAGAAGAAAAGACUGGGAAAAGACAGAAUGUUAUCUGAUGCAGGCAGCUCACCUAAUGGAUUUUCUGAAAAAUUCUACCUAAUUGUAAUAGAGUGCACCCAAGACAACCGUUCGUUGUUACACAUGUGGAAUUUGCAUUUAAAGUCCAUUCCUGUCUCAUUGGAUGAAAAAGUAGAUACAAAAAUAUCUGAAGCAGCUUGGCAGCCAGAAGAACAUUAUUCUUCUUCUCCAGAGAAGAUCCUAUCCCCCUUUUCACAGAAGUAUCAGGCUUGCAGAGCAAAUCUCCAGAGUACCAGCAAGUUGACUCUGUCUUCAGAAAUGGUUUAUAGCCAAGAGUUGAAUUUGCCAGAAGGAGUUGAGAUAAUAAGUGUUAAGCCAUCAGCAGGACAUCUGAGUUCUUCUUCCAUAUAUCCCAUAUGCAGUGCACCUUAUUUAUUGGCAACUUCAUGCUCAGAUGAGAAAGUAAGAUUCUGGAGAUGUAGAGUAACAGAUGAAGAAUCUGCCACAUCAAAGAAUGGAGGAACAGAUCUUACAUACAUUUGGGAAGAAUGGCCAUUACUUAUUGAAGACGGACUACAGAGCAAUAGCAGUAUAACUGUACCUGGUAGGCCUAUAGAAGUCAGCUGUGCACACACAAAUCGUUUAGCAGUAGCAUAUAAGCAGCCUAUGUCUAAUAGUAGAUCUUCUCAGGACUUUGUGAUGCAUGUAAGUAUUUUUGAAUGUGAGUCUACAGGAGGUUCAUGUUGGGUCCUUGAGCAGACAAUUCAUUUAGAUGAGUUAAAUACAGUGUUGGAUUCUGGCAUUAGUAUUGAUAGCAAUUUAGUGGCCUACAAUAAACAAGAGGUCUAUUUAUCUAGUAAAGAAAGCGUCACAUCAAAUACAAAGCAUUUAGUUCACUUAGAUUGGAUGUCUAGAGAAGAUGGUUCUCAUAUUCUGACUGUAGGAAUUGGAUCAAAACUUUUUAUGUAUGGACCCCUGUCUGGCAAAGUACAAGAACAGACUGGUAAGGAAAGCCUGGCGUUUCCUCUCUGGGAAAAUACUAAAGUUGUGCCCCUUUCUCAGUUUGUACUGUUACGAAGUGUGGACUUGGUUUCUUCUGUAGAAGGCUCUCCACCUUUUCCUGUUUCUUUAUCUUGGGUCCGAGAUGGCAUCUUGGUGGUAGGGAUGGAUUGUGAAAUGCAUGUGUAUUCCCAGUGGCAGCCAUCUUCUAAACAAGAACCUGCUACAACAGAUUCAUAUAAUGGGAGCACUCCAUCUAUAACAAGUUUAAUAAAACAGAGUAACUCAUCAAGUUCUGGAUUACAUCCUCCAAAGAAAACUCUGACUCGAUCCAUGACCAGUCUUGCACAGAAGAUCUGUGGGAAGAAAACUGCGCUUGAUCCUUCUGUGGAUAUGGAAGAUUCGGGUCUUUUUGAAGCAGCUCAUGUUCUUUCCCCAACUUUACCUCAGUACCAUCCUUUGCAACUUUUGGAACUCAUGGAUCUUGGCAAAGUUCGGAGAGCAAAGGCCAUCUUGUCACAUCUUGUCAAGUGCAUUGCCGGGGAAGUCGUGGCUUUGAAUGAAGCCGAAUCUAAUCAUGAGCGCCGCCUUAAGUCUCUCACCAUCAGUGCUAGUGGAAGCACUACUCGAGACCCCCAGGCAUUCAACAAAACUGAAAAUACAGACUACACAGAAAUCGAUUCCGUCCCUCCACUUCCUUUAUAUGCCUUACUUGCAGCAGAUGAUGACAGCUGUUACUCAUCCUUAGAGAGAUCUAGUAAUCAGAGUACCUUAAAUAACUCAAACCAGUUGUCAAAAGAAAAUUAUGAUGAGCUUUUUCAGAUGCCAGCUUUAGUGACUGAUCGUCAUGUGUUAGAGACAGAUGAAGAAAAUACAGAGCCUGUGGUUAUUGACCUUUCACAAUACAGUCCAACUUACUUUGGUCCUGAGCAUGCUCAGGUUCUUUCUGGCCACUUACUUCAUUCUAGUUUACCAGGACUCAGCCGGAUGGAGCAGAUGUCUUUGAUGGCUUUAGCAGAUACAAUUGCAACUACCAGCACUGAUAUUGGAGAAAGCAGAGACCGAAGCCAAGGUGGAGAAACUCUUGAUGAAUGUGGCUUGAAAUUUCUUCUGGCUGUUCGACUUCAUACUUUUCUUACAACUUCUCUUCCAGCUUAUCGAGCUCAACUCCUUCGCCAAGGACUCUCUACUAGUCAUUUUGCCUGGGCAUUUCAUUCAGUAGCAGAAGAAGAACUACUGAACAUGUUGCCAGCGAUGCAAAAAGACGAUCCCACGUGGUCUGAACUUAGAGCUAUGGGUGUGGGGUGGUGGGUCCGGAAUGCCCGCAUUCUACGCAAGUGCAUAGAAAAGGUAGCCAAAGCAGCCUUUUAUAAAAAGAAUGAUCCUUUAGAUGCUGCCAUUUUUUACCUAGCAAUGAAAAAGAAAGCUGUGAUUUGGGGAUUAUAUAGAUCCCAAAAAGACUCCAAGAUGACACAGUUUUUUGGACACAAUUUUGAGGAUGAGAGAUGGCGUAAAGCAGCUUUAAAGAAUGCUUUUUCUUUGUUAGGAAAACAACGAUUUGAACAUUCAGCAGCAUUUUUUCUUUUAGCUGGUUGCCUCAGAGAUGCAAUUGAGGUAUGUCUUGAGAAACUGAAUGACAUUCAGUUGGCUCUUGUAAUAGCAAGACUCUAUGAGUCUGAAUUUGAUACAUCUGCAACGUAUAAAUCUAUUUUACGUAAAAAAAUUUUGGGAAUUGAUUCUCCUAUCAGUGAACUCAAUAUGUUGAAUAUAAAUAUGCAUUAUGAUCCUUUCCUUCGAAGUAUGGCAUACUGGAUUUUAGAAGAUUAUAGUAGUGCUCUGGAAACAUUAAUAAAGCAACCUAUCACAAAGGAUGAUGAUCAAGUCAUGAUGUCAGCCUGCAAUCCUGCAGUUUUUAAUUUCUACAAUUACCUAAGAACACAUCCUCUUUUGCUGAGACGUCAUUUUGGAUCAUCUGAUGCAUUUUCCACACACAUGAGUUUAACAGGAAAAAGUGGACUAGCAGGAACAAUUAAUUUAAGUGAAAGAAGAUUAUUUUUUACUACUGCCAGUGCUCAUUUAAAAGCUGGCUGCCCUAUGCUGGCUUUGGAGGUGUUAUCAAAGAUGCCAAAAGUCAUCAAGAAAACAAAACCUUUUUGUAGAAUAUCUAGUUUUUUGGAUACUAGUAAAGACUGUUCUCCCUCUUCUCCAUUAAAAUUGGAUGCAAGGGAAGAUAAGUCUUCAGCAAUUGAUUGGUCACAGUCUCUAAUGAAUGGUUUUGGAUCUUCUUCAGAGGGUUCCUCAGAGAAGCAAUCAAACUCCACUCUUUCUUUUGACUGGAGCCAACCAAGUAUUGUAUUUCAGGAUGAUUCUUUAGAAUUAAAAUGGGACAGUGAUAACGAUGAAGAAAAUGAGGAUGUCCCACUUUCAAUGAAAGAACUAAAACCUUUAGAGGGUAAAAUUGGGAAAAAAAUGGAUGAAACAAGUUCUAAUUACACAGAAUCUCUCAGCGCAUUAGAUGAAAAUGACAUUUUACAUCCAUCAGAAGAUGUAAUUGCAGUUCAGUUAAAAUUUAGAGCCUGUUUAAAGAUUCUCACAGUAGAACUUCGUACUUUAUCUACUGGCUAUGAAAUAGAUGGUGGAAAACUGCGAUAUCAGCUAUACCACUGGCUUGAAAAAGAGGUGAUAGCCCUUCAGAGAACUUGUGACUAUUGUUCACAUCCUGAGGAAGUACAGUCUGCAUUUGGCGAAAAUGGAGAUGCAGUUGAACUAAAUGAGGAUGCUGAAGAUUUGCUUCAUCAAACAGAAGUGAAACAACUGAGAGAAAAUUUUCAGGAAAAAAGACAGUGGCUUUUGAAAUAUCAGUCUCUCUUGAGGAUGUUUCUUAGUUAUUGCAUACUUCAUGGAUCCCAUGGUGGGGGUCUUGCAUCUGUAAGAAUGGAAUUGAUUUUGCUUUUACAAGAAUCUCAGCAGGAAACAGCAGAACCAAUAUUUCCUAGCCCUCUUUCAGAACAGACCUCAGUACCUCUCCUCUUUGCUCGUACAGCCAGUGCCAAAACAGUUGUUGCCAAUCCAUUGUUGCACCUUAGUAAUCUAACACAUGAUAUUCUACAUGCCAUAAUUAACUUUGAUUCACCACCCCAUCCUGAUAUCCAGAGCAAUAAAGUAUAUGUAAUGCAUACGUUAGCAGCCUCACUUUCUGCUUGUAUCUAUCAGUGCCUUUGUGGUGGUCAUAAUUACAGUUCAUUUCAAACAAAUCAGUUUACUGGAAUGGUGUAUCAGACAGUACUGCUUCCCCAUCGACAUUCCUUAAAAACAGGAAGCUUAGAUGAAGCCAUAACUCCCAAUACAUCACCAGCUCAAUGGCCAGGAAUAACUUCUCUAGUUCAACUUUUGAAUUCUUCUGGGGAGGAAGCCCAGUCAGGACUUACGAUCUUGCUUUGUGAGAUUCUCACAGCAGUGUAUCUUAGUCUAUUCAUCCAUGGCUUGGCAACACAUUCUAGUAACGAACUAUUUCGGAUUGUGGCCCACCCUCUAAAUGAAAAAAUGUGGUCUGCUGUAUUUGGUGGAGGUGCGCAUGUUCCCAGCAAAGAACAAGCACACUCAAAAGCUUUACCUGGAAGGUACUUUGCUAUGCCUAGCCCACACCAGGUAGUGGUAUUCUCCAUGGAGUGUGUGGGCUUUUCCAAAGCUCUUUCAACCAUCAGUUCUCAUAGCCCUCCCAGUCUUGCAGUUUCUUCACUAGUGGAAGAAGGAGAGAAACAGAACAAACGUUUUAGGCCAUCAAAAAUGUCUUGCAGAGAAUCUGCCUCAGUGACCUCUUCCUCACCACCAGUAAGCCAGGAGACACUGAUAGUUAAAGAGAAGUUCAUUCCACCUGAGCUCAGUAUCUGGGACUAUUUCAUUGCCAAGCCAUUUCUACCUGCUUCCCAAAGUAGAGCUGAAUAUGAUUCAGAGGAGAGUCUGGAAAGUGAUGAUGAUGACGAUGUUUUAGCUUCAGAUUUCCAUCUCCAGGAACAUUCUAACUCAAAUUCAUAUAGUUGGUCAUUGAUGCGUUUGGCAAUGGUACAGCUGGUGCUCAGCAAUUUGAAGACUUUCUAUCCUUUUGCAGGUCAUGAUCUUGCAGAGCUUCCAGUUAGUUCACCACUUUGUCAUGCUGUUCUAAAAACUCUUCAGUGCUGGGAACAAGUUCUUCUCCGACGACUUGAAAUCCACGGGGGACCACCUCAAAAUUUCAUUGCAAGUCAUACCUCUGAAGAGAGUGUUUCUGCAGGUCCUGCAAUUCUCCGCCACAAAGCUUUGCUGGAACCUACAAACACUCCUUUCAAAUCUAAACACCAUUUGGCACUGUCUGUGAAGAGACUUUGGCAGUACUUGGUGAAGCAGGAAGAAAUUCAAGAAACCUUUAUCAGAAAUAUAUUCACAAAGAAAAGAUGUCUAAAUGAGUCAUUAGAGGACAACUGUGAAACCAUCAAAAAUUCUAUGAUGGAGGAGCCAAACAUCAAUAAGAUAGAAGCAGAUUUGGGAUAUCCUGGAGGUAAAGCAAGAAUUAUUCAUAAAGAAUCUGAUAUCAUUACUGCCUUUGCUGUUAAUAAAGCGAAUAGAAACUGCAUAGCAAUUGCUUCGAGCCAUGAUGUUCAAGAACUAGAUGUUUCUGGAAUUCUGGCUACCCAGAUCUAUACUUGGGUAGAUGAUGAUGUAGAAAUGGAAACCAAAGGAUCAGAAGAUUUCUUGGUUAUACAUGCUCGUGAUGAUUUAACAGCUGUGCAAGGUACAACCCCAUACACACAUAGCAAUCCCGGUACUCCAAUUAACAUGCCAUGGCUCGGUAGUACACAGACUGGCAGAGGAGCAUCUGUGGAUUAUUCCAAUAAAUUUAAUGGGAUCAGAAAAGAAUUGGCAAGAAAGGAGAUGAUUAAGAAAGCCAUUAAUAAUGUCAGAAGAAUGACUUCUCAUCCAACUCUUCCUUACUAUCUGACAGGAGCUCAAGAUGGAAGUGUCAGAAUGUUCGAAUGGGGCCAUUCUCAACAAAUAACCUGUUUCCGCUCUGGUGGCAAUUCAAGAGUUACAAGAAUGAGAUUUAACUAUCAAGGAAAUAAGUUUGGAAUAGUUGACGCUGAUGGAUAUUUAAGUUUGUAUCAAACAAACUGGAAAUGUUGUCCAGUUACUGGAAGUAUGCCUAAGCCAUACCUGACCUGGCAGUGUCAUAACAAAACAGCCAAUGAUUUUGUCUUCGUUAGUUCUUCCUCUCUCAUAGCUACAGCUGGUCUUUCAACUGACAAUAGAAACAUAUGUUUGUGGGACACUCUUGUAGCACCUGCCAAUAGUUUAGUCCAUGCUUUUGCAUGUCAUGAUAGUGGAGCCACUGUUUUGGCAUAUGCUCCAAAACAUCAGCUACUAAUAUCAGGUGGCAGAAAAGGUUAUACAUGUGUAUUUGACCUUCGGCAACGACAGCAGAGGCAACUUUUCCAGAGCCAUGAUUCUCCUGUUAAAGCCAUCGCUAUUGAUCCUACUGAAGAGUACUUUGUUACAGGAUCUGCUGAAGGCAACAUAAAGAUUUGGAGUCUCUCUACCUUUAGUCUUCUUCACACCUUUAUCAAUGAACAUGCUCGGCAAUCCAUUUUCAGAAAUAUUGGAACCGGAGUGAUGCAAAUUGAGACGGGGCCUGCAAAUCACAUUUUUUCAUGUGGAGCUGAUGGAACAAUGAAAAUGAGAAUACUACCGGAUCAGUUUAGCCCAUUAAAUGAAGUGUUGAAAAAUGAUGUGAAAUUUAUGCUGUAACAUUUAAACAAUAAGAUGUAUAAUUUAUUACCUAUUCCUUGAAGUGGCCAACACAUAUAAUGUACCGUGAUCAUUCUCUAUACCACAAAUAAGCUAAUGCUUUCUUGUUUUCAUAUUUAUUUUAUGGAGCUUUGCCCUUGAUGCACUGAUGCCUUAAAAAUUAACAAGGUCAUUCAGAAUUAGACUACAUUGCCUAAAGUAGAAUGUGUAAGUAAUGCUGUAAUAAUACAUAUUUAUAGUAUGUUAUAGUGAGUAUAUCAUAGUGUUAAAGGAGUUUUGUUUUGUUGAAAAGUUCUUCUGCAGACAUCUCUGCAUGAAUUUGUUUCACAGUAAAAAUACCCUUUAUGUAAAGGCAGUUGCACCUCAGUCAUCACUUAAUUUACCACAUUCUCACUUCCUUUUUCAGACUUUCACAUCUGAGACUCCUCUCUUAAUUAAUGAUAGAAUGAUAUUUGGGCAAGAGUCAAAAAAUAAUGAAUAUCUCCAUUAACACUGUCAUUAGGACUUUAGUGAUAAAUGAGUCAAAUGGCUCCUUAUGUAAAGUUUUCAUCAGUUUUCCCUCUGGAGCCCAAGUUGUGUGUGUGUGUGGUGUGUGUAUAUAUGUAAUAUAUCUUACACAUCCUAUGUGAACUGUGUGUGUGUGUAUAAGAGAAAACUGCAAGUCUUCAUUUGUUUUUGUGCCAUAACAGCACUGCCACCAGAAUAACAACUUUUUUUUGCAACUGGUUUUUUUCAUCUUUUUUUUUUUAAAUUUUGAAUUCUCAUAAUCUUCAAAUAAAUUUCAGGAAAACUUCCAAGAUUAUUAAGAUUUCAUUGAGUCAGAUUAGACUUAGCAGGCAAUAAUGUUUCUGUGGUGGCAUAUAUGAGACACUUAGGUUAUAAAUUUGUCAAAGGAUUUUUGGGCACCAUACAUUUUACUUAAAUUUUAUUUUAUUUCUUAUUUUUAGGUGCUUUUAGUCUCAAAGUUCUGAAAAACUUACAGCAGUGUUUUUAGAAACAAAUGUGAAAAGUCAAAUUAAAUAGAUAGUAUUUACAAAUGUAAAAUACCUGCCAGAUCUACCAUUAAUAGAUAAUAAACUAAACCUUAUAUUUUAUUAUUUUUUUGCCAAAAUAUAUUAUUUUAUUAUAAAAGUAUGACCAAAAUAUUAAAAAUGCACAAUGCUUUUAACUUAAAUGUGCUAACCCUAUUUCUGUCUGUUUUGUGCUAUACCUUUUCUGAUUCAGAAUUAUAGAAAACUUGAUAAUACUUGAUUUUAACCAAGGAGACUGGAGGCAAACGGGACUAAGUGUUUAAGCAACAACUAUAUACUACUUAGCUUAAAUAUAUUUUGUUAAUAGGAACAUUAAUAGAACAUUUUUAUGUAACAAAAUAUGGACAACUAUUAUCUUGGAAAUUAAAGAGUCAAAUGAAGCAAAGAAAUGAAGGGCUGGUAAAAUGAAUUUUGUAAUAUCCUCAGGAUACUUUUAAAAGUAUAUUGUUAAAAGAUUUUGUAAAUUCAUAAUUUUAAAUGUGUUAAGCAAGUUGCGAUGAAGACACUGUUAUUGUGUAGAGAGUUUAUGUGCACAUAAUAACCUGUACCUAUAAAUUGUGCAAUACGAUAUGUGACUAUUUGCCAUGGAGAAAUCUGUGACAGCAUUGGAAAUGAUACUGUUGUUUGAUGUAGUUAAUCUUAAAUUAUUCUUCAGUAAUUUCUUCAUGAAUCAAGAUUCAAAAGGCUUUAAAUUUAAACACUUUGAGUGAGACAGAAAAUUUAUGAUUAUGCUUAUUAGGAAAAAGACAUGGUGGAUGAAGAAUUAAGCAUUUUAAUUAAGGGUUUAUAUGAAUAAUAAAUUAUGUAAGCCCAUAUGUAUUUACAUCCAGAGUCAUAAUAUUUUAAAUAAACAAUCACGCAGUGA